UGAAUGUCUUGACAUAUGUGUAGAUAUGGAUGUCAAUGGCUGUCAGAUCAAGCUGGGCAUCUCAGCCCUGCCCAACUCCCUCCCCUCAUGGGGUGAGGAAGUCCAGUCCAGUCCAGUCCAUCCACUCACUCGAGGCGGAGAGGUCCUCACUGUACCUCCAACUCAAGUUCCAACCGCUGGAGCACCACUGGAUGUGGAUCUCUGAUCUCAUCUCAUCCUCACUCACAAGCCUCUUUCUCUUCUCCUCUGUCAGCUUUACACCUGAAUUGCGUCGAUGUCUGUUUUCAGCCUCGGUCCAAGAAUGUCAAACUUUGCAUGGUGUAUUGCUCCCCUUGCUGACCAUCAAAGGGAAUAACUCUGGUAGCGUCGAAUUCUAAAAUCGCCCGGACCCUGGCAUUUUUUAUCUGGUCUGGCCUGGCCUGACUUUGAUGAACUGGGGGCUGGCCCUCCAAGAUCCAGACCAACGGGACUCAAAUUGGGAUUCUCGAUCGUCCCGCUUACGAUCCAACCGUUGGUGGCGUAUCUCUUUCUCUCUGUCAUCUCAUCCUCCUCACUUGAUACUGCGUUUGUUACAGUGGUGAAUGGUUAACAUACACAUACAACUGAAGUCGAAUUAGCUGACAUUCAUAUGUAUAUGCAAG